AUGGCACCUUAUGAAGCUUUAUAUGGAAGGAAGUACAGAUCACCAAUUGGGUCAUAUGAGAUUAUUCGAAGAGUUGGCCAAGUUGCAUAUGAGUUAGAGCUACCUCAGGAGCUUUCAGCAGUUCUUUCGGUGUUUCAUGUCUCAAUGCUUCGGAAGUGCGUAGGUGACCCAUCAUAUAUCACUCCUAUUGAAGAUGUACAAGUUACAGGGGAUCUCACCUAUGAAGAAGUACCUAUUGCUAUUCUGGAUCGUCAGGUUAAAACGCUAAGGAAUAAAAAAAUGGCUUCAGUAAAGCUGCUUUGGAGAAACCAACAAGUAGAAGAAGUAAUGAGGGAAGUUGAGGAAGUGAUGAAAUCCAAGUACCCUUAUUUAUUUGAACCUAAAGGGGAAGUCCAAGGUGCAGAAUGGGGGAAUUAA